AGUAAAUUGGGUUCUGAGUGAAGGCUUCGUCCUUGUUUUUAGUAUUGCAGUCACUUUCUAUUUGUUCAACAUCUUGUACUUGUAACAACUACUAGUUCCGGAACUCUUUUGUAUUUUGUUCAACAUCUAGUCCGUGUACUAAAGAGAAGAACUUGUAACAACUACAACUGAAAGUCUGAAAGACCUCAAGCGGAACGUUUCCUGAAAAACCUUAACAUCCUGAAACUGAACUUCUUAAGGAACAAGAUGGAGUCUGACGGGAAUGAGAGCGUUCUCUCUUUCGCUACAGGUAGGUCGCAGUCGUGGUCGCCUUCUGCGAGACAAGAUGCUAAGCGUGCCGGUUGCUACGAUACGAUAAAGCACCAGAAAGCACAACAAGGGAGUUAUGCCUGUAAAUUUGUUGUUGGUGUUGAGUUCAUUCGUCUAACCUCGAGUUCUACCUCUUCUAAUAAAUAUCGUCUUCUUCUCUUCUCUCUUCUGUCUUCUCUCUUCUGUCUUCUCUCUUCUGUCUUCUCUCUUCUGUCUUCUCUCUUCUGUCUUCUCUCUUCUGUCUUCUCUCUUCUGUCUAAGAUAUGACUCCGACGCCCAAAGAGAGCAUCAAAGAAGAUAACUCUCCGACUGUGACGAAGCACGAGGACAGGAGGGACAAUGAGGACGCUCUCUCGACACCGGAAAAAAGCAUAAUCAGCGGAACCACUUUAUGCCUGGUCUCUAUAGACUUCACGGUGAAAAAGAGUUAGCCAAGACAUGGAUUUGUAAUCACCACUAUAAGUGUCUCAUCACCAGUAUGUUACAUACAAGUAUUCGCUUUUUCAUUGUAGUUUUGUGAAGCGCAGUAUGUUCCAUUGCGUGCCGUAAUUGAGCGUAAAAAUUAACAUUCCCUUCAUGAUACGUCAGCACGACAGUUUCUCCGAGUCGUGUGUCGCCCUCUAGUGCGUCUGCUGGAUCUGCUGGCCGGUCUCCGGAGGAACCAGAGCAAGAGGAAGGAACGUUUGCGGUCGUCAAUUUGAAAUAUGACGUGGAGACUUGUCAAGGUGGUCGAGAGAAUGCACCUUGUGACCCUGAUCUUGGGAGAAAGGGCGGAGAGGACGCGUGGGAAACUACAGACUGGAAGGAGACUCGCAAGAGCGGAGAGGAGGCUAGGAAAAGUACAGACCAAGGUAAGGUUAAGAAAGUACAAGGUUUUGUUUUUCAGUGACUUGUGUAAUAACUUUGUAACAGUAAGGUAGCACCACUGUAGCUCACUUGUGUGAGCUUGCUGGUAGCUUCAAGAGGAACUACAGUGUUGCGCGUUGCGUACUUCGAGAAUGCGUAUCUGUAUCGCGGACAGACGGGUCAAUGUUCACAACAUGGAGGUCAAUGUGGUAUACACCUCUAAAGACUCGAGUACUAGGGCGAAAGUAAGAAGGGAGAGGGACGAGGAUUACGGCGGAAGCAGCUACGGCAACGAAGCAGACUAUGAAACUUAUGUGCAAAGAAGUUUUUUUACUAGUGUGAUUGUUCUUAGAGCAGACGCGAAGAUGAUUACAAGGUCCAGGUUGAAAUGUGUAUUGUGCUUAUGGUGAUUACAAGGUCCAGGUUGAAAUGUAUAUUGUGCUUAUGGGUUUAGGGUUUAGAGUAGACCACUCCUCUCAUCUUCUAAAAAGCCAUAAAGCCAAGAAGAAAACGUGGGGGCAGGAAUAGGAGAAAGUGGAAGGAGGAAGAAUGGACCCAGUCGGAGUGGGACAUUUGGCUGGAGGAAAAAAAGCGGGACAAGAAAGAAGCAAAAGCAGAUAAGUCAAGCUGCAAGGGUUCAGGCAAGACGAAGUGGGAAAUCAAGGAAGUGGUUGGCAAGUGGGAAAGGAAGGAUAAUACCUCUUCUAAAACUUCUUCUACAGAUCGUGAGCCUGAUCUUGUCUUCGCAUCUUCUGUUACGAAACAAAGAGAAUCCGAAGCUCCACCAGCACGAUCAUAUCUAGACGUCGCUCGUUGUUCUACAAGUGCGUCUGGUGCUUCUUCGUCCACUACUACCGCGAAAGAAACAGCAGGUUUGCAGAAGCGCAGCAAGCGUCUCGUGUGGGAACGAGUGCCUAAGAAGGAUGAGUGUGUGUUGACCAAAUU